AUGUGGCUCCAUCACACUUGCUAUCUACCCCAACCCCUCUCUUUCUAUCGGCUUAUCCGACUCGGGCCUCCAAUCCGAAUCCCUUCAUUGUCUCGUGGGUCAGUUCCUUCUCUUUCUGUUGACCGAUUUCACUCGGGUCCAGUCGCUAUUUCUCAAGACCCUAGAAGCAUGUACACUGCCGCUUCACUGAGCGGAACGCUUAAGUUCUGA